AUGAGAGUGUCUAAAGGCGGACAGGCGGAGAAGGCCGGGGUUCAUGUUGGGGACAGAGCGUUGGAGGUCAAUGGCCAAGACAUGCAGGAGGUCAGCCACCAUGAGGCUGUCGGCAUCCUGAGGAAUGCUGGGAGCUGCAUAAAAAUGAAAGUGCUGCGGGAGAGAUGCGUGCCCGUGGAGCCGUGGCUGCAUGAGAGGUCUGACACCAUGGAGACAGCAGACCCCCAGGUCAGCCAAGAGUGGGAUGUUACUAUGAGCAAUAACAGAUCGAGUGGCCCACAGUCCUCCACUGAUCCCAUGCUGGACUGCAGCCCAAUAACUAACAGGAUGGAAGCUACCGUCUGCAAUGGAAAUGGACUGAAUGAUCCAGUGCAGGACUUACGGCUGACAAAAGACAUGGAGACCUUCAAAAACAAUGUCCUACAGGUUGUGAAAAAUACUAUGACAAUACCUCGGAUUAUUCUGACUCACCCCUCUACCUCAGAUGAGGACGUGGAGCCCCUGACGCAAGGCCCAGAUGAUGGAGAUUUCGAUUCUGACUUCAGCGACUCGGACAGUCACAUCUACUCUGACUGCUUGAACAGCGCUUUCUAUCCUCUGUGA